UGUCGUUCAGAGGUGAUAGAAGCUCCGCAGUCUACAAAAUGGCGUGCAAUUUUGCGUUCGUCCUUAUCGCAGCAUGUGCUCUGAUGGCUAGCACCAUCAGCGCUGCUCCAUCCAAAACGGCCAUCAAACCCCGCAACCAGGAGCUGCGUGAAGCGAUUGAAGAGUAUCGCGUUCGGUUCGAUGAUUUGCACAAGGAAAAGGAUCAAUUCCUGCAGUUCGCCCGUACCGGACUGUGGGCAACAAUACGCCGAAUGAACGAGGAGGUUCUGGUCGAUCUGGGCGAAACACGCAACAUUGUGGAGUACGGGUUUGACGAUGUGCGCCUAGAAAUUAGUCUGCUGAUCGUGGAAGGCAACCACAAUGAACAGUGUCUGUUGGAUCUGGUGUACGAAAUCGUCGCUGAGAAGGUACAGCUUGGGGAGGAAAUCAGCCGCUGUUCGGCUGGUACGACCGACACAAAGGAUGCACUACCGGAAUCGUUCUACGAGUUCCUAAACCUGCUGCAACGCCUUUCCAACUCGAUCGCCGAGACGCCGCUCUACACGUUCGUGAGCCAGAACUCGGUUACCGAUCCGGAACGUCACCUGGAGUUUCUGCAGGAAUCAUUUGAGGAAACGGAUCGUGCCUGGAAUGAGGAGGCUUUGCCGCUGAUGCAGUUCGAGCUGGAUGCUAUGGAGUACAAUCGUCCGCUGAUCGUGGCCGAUAAUGCAGAGUGUCUGCAGGAAAUCGAGGACAGACAGCAAGCGUUCGAAGAUGCGAUUCGUCAAAGAAUUCCAUCGUGCUUGUAAAAGUAGCAACAGGAAUACAUCCUUUAAGAAGUAAUAAUAUAAAAGAGAUACAAUUGUUACAGAAUAUCUAACAUGCCUGAGCAUAUCGAUAAGACAAUAACACAUGCGUAUCGGUUAUAAUAUUGGAUAAUUAAAUCUUGUUUAUGACCCGCGUUAUCGUCGAAAACGUUUCUCAUUUACUUAUAAACGAUAAAGCGUUUAAUUUCGUAUUGCAUAUUGCUUACAAAACUAAUGCAUAUAUGCUUUUUUAUAUGAAAUCGUUUUGUACAUUGAAAUUUAUCAGCACAAUCACUUUUUUAAACACAAUGUACAUACAUGGUGCCUUAUCAAUUGCAAACAUUUGGGC